CUCUCGAUUAUUUGGAAACUACCAGAAGAUAUGCAUGGUAGGAUCUCCAAUAAUGUUGUAACGGACUCCUGAAACUGUGGGAUUACGAGUGAUCCUUGCAAGUAGUACUAAGGAAACUAAUUAACUACUACGGCUGGUGCUUGUUCUCAAGCUUUCGAUCGGAUGGUGCAUGUAGGCUCCAUCUUACGGAAGAUAAAGAUCGGCUCCGGAUUCCUAGUGCUGCCCAAAAGCAAAAAAGAUCCUAUAUUCGAGGACGAGGAUUGCCCGUUGGCUAACGCUGAAUUUACGCACAAAAAAUGGAACGAUCUUGACUCGAAGGGUAUGUUUUCAUAAUCAUAAUAUAAGGUGGCGUAGACGUAGGUCUCGCUCGACGACGCCGCCACCACAACCGCCAUACGUCGCCUUCUUUCGCCAUGCGCAAUCCGCGAGGGGAAGGCCGCCCCUUGACUCGUGCCUUCGCCAUGCGCAUUCGGCGAGAGGAAGGCCGCGCCUCGACUCGUGCCAGAUCUUCUGCUUCUUCCGAGAGCGCCAUGGCUCCUACGUUCGAGAGACUCACCGAGGACCUCCACCUCGAGAUCCUCUCGCGCGUGCCCGCCAAAUCGCUCUGCCGCUUCAAAUGCGCCUCCAAGAACUGGCUCCGCCUCGUGGACCACGCCGACCACAGCACGAGGCUCCCCAAGUCCAUGGCCGGCUUCUUCUGCAACAGCACCAUCAGCGACGACGACGACGACGACGAGGGCUUCCCCGGAUCAGCUCUCCACUUCGUCGAUGCCUCCGCCGGAAGCGGCGCCCCUUUCAUCUACCCCUCAUCGUCCGCCAUACUGCCCGACCGCCGCCGCCUCCAUCUCCUGGACUGCUGCAACGGGCUCCUCCUCUGCCGCAGGUACGACGACGUCUCCACCACCACCCAAGACGACUACGACUUCAUAACUUUCACAUACGUCGUGUGCAAUCCCGCCACCGAGGAGUGGGCAGUGCUGCCGGACCGCGUCCAGGACGACAAGGUCGUGGGCACGGCGUGCCUGGGUUUCGAUCCGGCCGCGGCUCCCCACUUCCACGUGUUUCUCUUCUCGCUGGAUGCACGCCGCUUUAUCAGCGGAGUGGACGUGUACUCGUCUCAGACCGGCACAUGGACCUACAAGGUGAAGCGACGGGGCGAAACCCUUAGGCUCGCCGAUCAUCAGUCAGCCGUCUUCCUUAACGGCUACCUGCAUCUCUCCACUGCCUGCGCACAGCGGUACCCUAGUAUAUUAGCCGUGGACACCAAGGGAGAAGAAUGGCGUUACUUUGACACACCUUGCGAUAUGCAUGGCGGUGACGAGUUUCUUGGUUCUAUUCACCAGUCGCAGGGCCGCUUGCAUUACGCUAGCUUUAACACUACUGGUGACUGGGAUGAAGUGCAAAUUCAGCUGCAAGUUUACGCCCUUGACGACUAUGCGACCGACGAGUGGAUACUGAAGCAUACACUUGAGCUUUCAGAGACGGACGUUCAUGGAGGGAUAAUCGAGCGCAAGUUUGAUUGGAUUGAGAUGCAUCCAGAGAGUAACUUGAUCUUCUUCUGUGAGGAGUCGGAUAGUACAUUGAAGUGUUACAGCAUGCGAAGCCAAGAAGAGACCGAGCUCCGCACACUUGGAGAGGGCCAGCCACCUUAUCUCCCAUAUGUGCCCUUGUACUCAAGCUUAGAAUCUUUGCGCAUUGGACAUCAAGAUGAGACCGCGGAUAAGUUUAUUUGA